GGUUCGACAAGCAGUUUGAAGAUGGCCAACACGGCUGGGAAUGAAGCGGCAGGAAGGAGACUCGGCAACUACCAACUCCACCGCACGCUGGGCAAAGGAAUGAGCGGAAAGGUAAAGCUUGGAGUCGACUUGCGCACAGGAGAGACGGUGGCCGUGAAGAUCAUGUACAAGGACAACAUGAGCGCGCGGGCGGCGCAGCAACUGCGGCGAGAAAUCACAUCAAUGAAGGCGCUGGACCACCCGAACGUACUACGGCUUAAGGACGUCCACGAGAGUUUGACGUACGUGAAGAAAAACGGGCUGGAGAAGGAGGUAGUGAUACUUGUGUUGGAACUUGCCGUAGGAGGCGAGCUGUUCGACUUCAUGAUGUACACAGGGGCAUUUCCAGAGGUGAUCGCGAGGACGUACUUUUGUCAGAUGCUGUCAGCCUUGGAGAUGUGCCACAGCACCGGUAUUGCGCACCGCGAUAUCAAGCCUGAAAACAUCCUGCUCGACAACAAUUUUCAGCUGAGGAUGGCUGACUUUGGGCUGUCGUCUAUCAUGGAGGACGAAAACGGCGUGUGCUACACUGAAUGUGGCACUCGCAGCUACAUGGCUCCCGAGGUGCUGGCGAAGCAGCCAUACGACGGUGCCCAGGCGGACCUUUGGUCGGCAGGCGUUGUUCUGUUCAUCAUGCUCGCGGGUAACCCGCCCUUCCAGAUGGCAGUAUCGACGGACUGGUGGUUCAGGGCUGUAUCAAGCGGGCGCCACGAUCGCUUCUGGGCUGCCCACCUUCGAGGCUGUCCUGACUUCCCACCACUUGCGCAGGCGUUCUUGAACCGCAUUUUCGUGGCAGACCCUCUCCAGCGUGCCACUCUCGAAGAGUUGAAGUCACACGAGUGGUUGGCAGGCGGGACCCUGCCCGCGCAUACUCUCUACGACGAACUCCUCCAGCGGAAACGGCGUGUAGAUGACCGGAAGGCCGCGGAGCGACAAGCCCACGUACAGCGUAGGGAAGAGGAAGCAGCUCGCCAAGGACGCGGGCACGUCGACCCUUUCCCACUGAACGUUCAGCGCAGCGUUAGCAAACCAGGGGAGGUAGACCAGAGUCGCCUUCAAGCUCCAAACGUGCCCACCGACUUGCACGGGAUGCAUGUGUUCUACUCGGCGGCGGCGUUGGACAUGUUGCUGGACAAACUCAGAUCUGCGCUGGCAGGCAUGGCGGGCACGCCACACGUCACGCUCAAGCCACAAUUAGCCAAGGUCAAGGCUGUUUUCCCGGGCGACGGCUUGGAGAUGGUUGCGCAAGUCUACUCGAGCCCCAAUCUCGGUUGCCACGUGGUGGAGCUCACUCGACGUGCCGGGGACGCGUUUACUUUCAACGAGGUUCGCGAGAUCCUCGCCAAGGACCUCGGCAGCAUGAUUUCCGGCGCUGCCGACGUCAAAGCCAUCGCCAGCAAGGACGCCUUUGACGAAGACCCGGAGGUCAUGUCUUUCCCAAAGCCUAUCCCGGGGCGGCAACCCGAGCACUGCGCAUCCGCCCAAAAGAGAGCGGGGGAGGAGAAGCUCGCGGAGCGCUUGGAAGAUGUCGACGUAAUUUAGGCUUUCCCCGGCGUUGCUUACGCAACUUGUCGUUUUUAUGCUGUGAGGUGUGGUUUCCGUUUGAGAGAAAACAAGUUUGGUGAAAGCUGCACGGACGGGAAGCAACGGAAGCAGUCGUUCUUGUAACAUCGGCGGAGUAGUGGAGUGUGGGAAUGAGGCUGACGUUGACCGCCAAAUUGAUACUUUCGAAUAGUGUGCCUUGUUUUUUUGCUGUGACAUUGCAAGGAGAUGGCGGGAUCAAAAGAGAUAAUUGAUAAGAGGCACCCUCGAUGGCUACAGAUAAUACGUGUGCGUGCGUGCGUGCGUCCCUGGGAUAUACUUCGAUAGUUGUUUCUGCGGUGACCAAGACCAGGCGGGUACUGUGAUUGUGCGAAUGAGCGACGCGGCCUCUCGCCCGAGUUUUCGGCUAGAUGCGGACGGGGGUGCUGUCGUGGUGAUAAGUCGAAUUGAUGUCCAAAAGACUUUGCCAGAAUACGCGCCGAUGGCCUCGUUUGGAGUCGUGUUAACAAAGUUUGGUAGCAUCGGCAAGCGACCCGCAGAGAGUACCGGUGCCGGCAGCCGGGAGAGAGAGAGAUGUCGGAUACAAGGAAAAGAUGAAAGUCGGGCACCGA